AUGAGCGUUAUUCAAACGGAUAAACAUCUUACAGAGGAGCUUAAAAUUGCCCAUAUCAAAAUUUUUGUUAACAGUUACAUUGAAUUGACCAAUGAAUUUUCAGUUGCAACGACAAUGCUCAGGACCAAGAUAUUAUUGGGCUUCUCUUUGGACUUUUUUAAGAUAUGCUUCAUUAUAUACAGACUUCUAAAGGACAAAUCUUUGAAUGAGGCAAUAAUAUUUUGGUUUGGAGAAGGUCUCGUAUAUGUGCUCACCAUGUGCAUACCACUGGUGUUGAUGGAGUUGGCUUUUAAUGAUUUAGAUGACAUCAACACUAUUCUGGCGGAUGAGCUGUUAAUUUAUAAAGACAAAACUCUGCGUCUCAUUGUGCACGAUACUUUAGACUACAUUGAAACGUCCAAAUGCUUCUUAUGGCCUAAGUUCUCGAUGAAUGUAAAGUUUGCCACUCCCCCGAAGUGUGAAACAUUUAAAAAUGUAAACGAUGACUCGUUAUAUAAAGAUAAAGACAUCGCAUCUGCUUGGCACCAAUAUCAUUAA